AUGAAAGGAUACGGAUCAGCCGUAGAUAUUCCAACAGCCAUAUUUUACAAAGAACUCCAUCAAGCAUUUCCUAAAGCUAAAUUCAUACUUACGGUACGUGACAGCGAUGAAAAGUGGUACGAAAUUUUCAAAAAUACUAUCGGUCCUGUUUUCACUGAUAUUUUUUAUUUCAUUGCUGUUUAUCCGAUGCGAAAUUGGCGUUUGCAAUGCAUUUUUACUAGAAAGUUAAUUAAAAAGUGGAUUCACGACUAUGGCGAAGCGGGCCCUAAAAUUCAUGGCUUACACAAUGCUCAAGUAAUCAAAGAAUUUAAAAAAGAGCUACUCAUAUUCAAUGUCAAAGAAGGAUGGAAACCGUUAUGUCAAUUUUUGGAUGUGCCAAUUCCAAAAGACAUUCCGUUUCCGAAUGUAAACGAUGCAAAGCACAUGACAAGACGUAUUUUUGCAAUUAAAGCGAUCGGAUGGAUAGCUUGGACGUUGAUUAUCGUAGUAAUAGCUGUUGGGAUCAAGUUCAUUUCUGGAUUCGUUGAUUUUACAUGA